AUGGCCGCCCACUUCAAGCCGCUCGUCCUGCACGCCCACGCCUCGGGUCCGAAUCCGGUCAAGAUCGCCAUGGCACUUGAGGCACUCAAUGUCCCAUUUGAAGUAAAGCAGUGGGAUUUUAGCGACAACCCCAAGACCGGCGUGAAGGGUACAGAGUUUCUCAAAAUCAACGAGAACGGGCGCGUUCCGGCCCUCGAAGAUCAUAACACCGGUGUCGUCUCUUGGGAAUCUGGGGCAUGCAUGAACUACGUCCGCCGCGUUUAUGACACGGGUAAUACCAUCGGUCCGCCAGGCGAGUCGGCGCAAGAUCUGGUAGAUUUUGAAAAGUGGGAAUAUUUCCUGUUGUCGACGCUUGGUCCCAUGAGUGGACAGACAAAUUGGUUCAAACACUUCAACGCCCAGAAGAAUGAAGAUGCGCUACAGCGGUACACGGCGCAGACCUAUCGCUGCUAUGAUGUUCUCGAGGGACAGUUGAAGAAGACUGGUGGUGAGAGCAUUUUGCCUGGUCGUGUCACUGCCGUUGAUUAUCAUUUCGAGCCUUGGCUUCGCUUGUACUCCUUCGCUGGUCUUUCGCUUGACAACUAUCCUUUGAUCAAGAAGUGGCUCGGGCUCAUGGCGACACGUGAAGAAGUCCAGGAAGCGUACAUCAAGGUUCAAGGCAAGAAAUAG